AUGACGGCGCCUACCUUCAACAAUCGCACCCUUUCCAAGGAAGCUUGGAAGGCCCAGCAGAAUAGAGAUAUGGUCGAAGCCAUGCUGCUCAGUCGAUCCCUCGAGUUCCCUUCCAAGAUUGCAAAGCCGCCUUGGGCGACACUCGAUCGCGAGACGCAACACGCGAUCAUCGACUUCCUUCACUCUACGAAGCCGCGCUCUCUCUUUCUUGCAAAGCUCCCGCCCGAGAUACGCCUCAUAAUCUACGAGUACGUGCUAGACGGAGAGAUGAUCUUGCCGUACCCGGCGUCGGACCUAGGCAUUGCGGGCGACUUCUGGGAGCCACGAUUUCUGCGUGUGUGCCGCACUUUCCGCGUGGAAGCGAUGAAGCUGUACUGCGAGUCUGUCGUCAGCAUAGCCGAAACGGAUGCUGCGAGGAUAGCACAUUGCCGCGAGAUGCAGAGGAAUAUCGAGGCUGGGAAUGCCAUGUGGGCGGGCCAGAGCUGCUUUGGUGGCUCCGGGAACAAAUACUCAUGGGGGGAAAUGGCCGAUUUCCCGGGCGCUGAGAAGGAAUUGAAACGAAUGGUAAGAUUGGGAUACAUUGGGACGAAUCCUCCGGGCGCUGAGAAGGAAUUGGAACGAACGGUAGGAUUGGGAUACAUUGGGACAAAUCCUCCCAGAGAGGCUGUGGAUUGGUGA